AUGGACGACCUUACUACAUCCUUGCUCACUGAGCAUUUUAGCUAUACACCCUUGUCGCUUAUAGAUGACAUUAUUAACUCUAUCAACAACCUGAUUUAUCAAGCCAUUUCUAGCCUGGAGUCUGGUCUACUGUCGACCCCUGCGGAACGAUUGGGAUUCGCACAUGCUAACAACGGCUCGACCAUCCCAGACACCGACGAGGACGGAAAUGUUGUUUACCCGGAAGCACAGUUAGAGAUUGAGAAUGGAUUGCAUCAGUUGGAGACCCUGCUUGAAGCGACGGUCGACAAGGCAUUUGACAAGUUUGAGAUUUUCGUGCUGCGCAAUAUUUUCCGAGUGCCUGAGGAUUUGAUGGGGUGGAUCAGGCUUAAACAUUAUGAGUGCGUUAACUGGUAUUCGCUCCAGAAUAUAUCAUUAGAUCCCCCGCCCGACGCGCCGACGAUUGACACAAUUCUCGUUCUACGGCAGAAGCUGCAAGAAACGAAAAAACUAAACCGAGCAUUGAAGCAGGAGAGCGCGAGGAACGAAGUAAUGAUCGCGCAGCUUAAAGCGAUCUUGUCAGCGACGCAAGCCUCGGAUGCUGCAACGGACACGAAAGAAAGUGGAACCACGUCUCUUACGAAGAAAGAUCUGGACUUGUCGUUCUUGACAGCGAGUCCGGCUGCUCAGCAAUCACGCGUUGGCGUUGCCACAGGAUCGAACCAGCAGCACACACCGUUGACGACCAAAACUACAUUCAUUUUGUCACAACUUCCUGCUCUGCAAGCGAUGCUAAAAGAGCUCCGGCCUAAGCUGGCCGCUUUACCGGAAUCGGGCCUGGCGAAAGACAAGGAACCCAAGUCAGAUGAGAGACGAGAUUACAUUGAAAGCAGAAUCAGACUACAUCUUGAGCGGUCUGGCCAGCUACCUGGUAAUGAUGGGAACAUUACUGUUGGCGGACGCAGAGUGAACAUCUCCGAAGCACAGGCACUCGAGGCCGUGACUAGUAUGCUUACACAGGCGGAUAGAAAGGAGGAGUAG